AUGGGUGGAUGCUUUGAGAUGAAAUAUUGCUGCUCCUCAUGUUUACUGUUUUGUGGUGCCUGGAUUCGCAUUUGCUUGCUUUCAGCCAUGGAUAAGUUAAAGCUCAAAUGCAAGGAGCUUUUCUGUAACAGAAGUUGUUUUGGCUGCUUCAUAAAACCCUUAGGGAUUAUUUCAGUGGACAAGGCACCUGAAGGACAAAGAACUCAAGAUCAAAUAGUGGCUAAAGAGGAUGGCUCAGAAGAUUUCUGGAGCAGCAGCACUUUUGAAUUAGAUCAUAGUGCAGCUCAGUCGCAAAGAAGCGUGUCGUCAACCGCGGUAUCAAAUAACCCUUCUGAUCCUCAAACUAGUGCAGGCGAUCAAAGUGGUUCUCCUGAAUUUGUUAACAAUGGGCUUCUUCUCUGGAAGCAGUUAAGGCAACAAUGGAUUGGAACUAAAAGAUCUGAGAGGCAGACAGAAAUUCGAGAAUCAAGAAUAAGUUCAUUUGCAACCUACGACGAUCUACUUGGGAACAACAAGCCCUUUCCCCAACCCAUCCCUCUAAGAGAAAUGGUUGACUUUCUUGUUGAUGUUUGGGAACAAGAUGGUUUAUAUGACUGA